AUGGCCUGGAUGGGAACACACAAUGUGACUGAACUGAAAGAAUUUAUCCUCCUGGGAAUCACAGACCGCCCUGAGCUGCAGACUCCCUUCUUUGUGCUGUUCCUCAUCAUCUACAUGAUCUCACUGUUGGGAAACUUGGGUCUGAUCAUCCUCACCAACAUAGACUCCAAGUUGCAGACACCCAUGUAUUUCUUCCUCAGACACCUGGCUUUUAUUGAUCUUGGUUAUUCCACAGCGGUGGGGCCCAAAGCACUGGUGAAUUUUAUAGCUGAUCAGAAUAGAAUCCCCUAUAACUGGUGUGCUACACAGCUCACUCUCUUUAUCUUUUUCAUCAUUAGCGAGCUGUUCAUUUUGUCAGCGAUGGCUUUUGACCGCUAUGUGGCCAUCUGCAACCCUCUGCUCUACCCAGUUAUCAUGUCCCACCGAGUGUGCUGGCUGCUGGUAUCCAUUCCUUAUCUCUACAGUGCCAUUAUAUCUCUGAUAACCACUGUAAAGAUUUUUACUUCCUCUUUCUGUGGCAAUAAUGUCAUUAUCCAUUUCUACUGUGACAGUCUUCCCUUGUUAACCUUGGUGUGUUCAACGACACGGGGCACUGAGCUAUUCAUACUCAUGGAUUCGGUGUUUAAUUUGGUUUCCUCUCUUCUGAUCGUCCUUGUAUCCUAUGUUCUGAUUCUUAUCGCUGUCCUCAGGAUGAACUCAGCAGAGGGCAGGCGCAAAGCUUUCUCCACCUGCGGAUCACACCUGACGGCUGUCGUUAUAUUAUAUGGGACUCUAUUCUUCAUGUAUGUGCAGCCCAGCUCCAGCCACUCCUUUGAUGAUGAUAAAAUGGCAUCUGUAUUUUACACACUGAUAAUACCCAUGCUGAAUCCCCUAAUCUACAGUUUGAGAAAUAAAGAAGUCAAAGGAGCCCUGCAAAGGAUUUUCUUUUUUUUUUUUUUUCCUUUCUGCCUCCAGGGUUAUCACUUGGGCCUGGGCUCAGUGCCUUCAUUAGGAAUUCACUGCUCCUGGAGGCCUUUUUUUCCACCUUUCUUUGUUGUUGUUGUUAUUAUUGUUGUUGUUGUUGGAUAGGACAGAGAGAAAUGGAGAGAGGAGGAAAAGACAGGGAGAGAGAAAGAUAGACACCUGCAGACCGGCUUCACCACUUGUGAAUUGACUCCCUUGCAGGUGGGGACCUGGAGGCUUGAACCAGGAUCCUUAUGCCGGUCCUUGUGCUUCCUGCUACCU